GUAUGUCGCAAAACAGCCAAAGAGCCCACACGUAGUUGGCAGCUACUAUUCACUACAGUAUAUCUCGUUUUAUUUACUGUUCAAGAUAACUGCUACAAUGGAAAUCUUACGUCCAUCAUUGAUCAACAUAAGUGGAAGAGUAUACAGAAGAAAUACCAUCAAAGAAGACCAGUAUGAAGAGGGGGAAGAGGACGACUCCUACAUGGGACCACCAGCAAGUGAACAGUUUGACGAAGAAGAAGAGUUCUGUGACAGCCACUCCAUAGAACAGACUGACAAAGGUUUCAGCUGUGCCAUUGAUGUCCCAAGUGUUCUUUACAAAUACAUCAUCGGAAGGAAAGGAGAGACGCGUAGAAGACUCGAGGCAGACACAAAGACAGACAUCCACAUUCCAAAACAAGGAGUGGAAGGACAGAUCGUGAUCACUGGCUCCCAGAAGGCCGCGGUGUCCUCUGCCGUGACUCGUGUCGAGCUCCUGGUGCAGAGCUUUCGCAAGAAGCAGCCGUUCACCCACUUCCUGUCGUUCGCUCUUAACCACCCUCAGGUUCAGGAUGGAUUCCUGAGGUUUAAAGAGGAGGUGUUGGAGCAGUGUUCUCAGGACCACGGAGUAGAUGGAAGCAUCUUCCAGAACCCUGCUAAGCUCCAUCUAACAGUCGGCACCCUGGCUCUGCUGAACGACCAGGAAGUGGCCCAGGCAUGUAAACAACUCCAGCACUGUCAGGACUUUAUCAAGACCAUAACAGAAGGGAAGCCUCUCCUGCUGGAGGUGACAGGGAUUGAGUACAUGAACGAUGACCCAGCCAUGGUGGAUGUCCUGUAUGCCAAGGUCCAAGUGAAAGAUGGUUCAGACAAGCUGCAGACCAUUGUGGAGCGGCUGGUGGACCACUUUGUUUCCUCGGGGCUGAUGGUCAGAGAAUGGGACAGAGUGAAACUGCACGGCACAGUGAUGAACACUCUGUUCAGGAAGGAUGCUUCAGCCGAAGCCGGAGGAGGAAGGCAGCAGAACAUGAAGGAGCGGGAGGCCUUCGAUGCCAGGAACAUAUUAAAGAGCUUUGGGUCGUACCAUUUUGGGGAGUUUGAUCUGAGUGCGGUCCAGAUUUCCCAGAGGUAUUCUACCGACUGCACUGGUUUCUACACCUCCGCUGGCCUUCUGAACUUCUCCUGACCACCUCUCCAAUGAACGUUCCCUCAGGUCAGAGGUGAACGAUGAAGCUUCAAGGUGGACUGGACCUGCAGAGAUGAAGGACCGGGUUACAAGGUGGACAUGUCAGAACUCUAGGAUGUCCCUGUCACCAUGUCAGAAAACUCUAGGAUGUCCCUGUCACCAUGUCAGAAAACUCUAGGAUGUCCCUGUCACCAUGUCAGAAAACUCUAGGAUGUCCCUGUCACCAUGUCAGAAAACUCUAGGAUGUCCCUGUCACCAUGUCAGAAAACUAUAGGAUGUCCCUGUCACCAUGUCAGAGAACUCUAGGAUGUCCCUGUCACCAUGUCAGGAAACUCUAGGAUGUCCCUGUCACCAUGUCAGAAAACUCUAGGAUGUCCCUGUCACCAUGUCAGAAAAGUCUAGGAUGUCCCUGUCACCAUGUCAGAAAACUCUAGGAUGUCCCUGUCACCAUGUCAGGAAACUCUAGGAUGUCCCUGUCACCAUGUCAGGAAACUCUAGGAUGUCCCUGUCACCAUGUCAGAAAACUCUAGGAUGUCCCUGUCACCAUGUCAGAAAACUCUAGGAUGUCCCUGUCACCAUGUCAGGAAACUCUAGGAUGUCCCUGUCACCAUGUCAGAAAACUCUAGGAUG